CACACCAUGGAGGAGGAUAGCGUGGAUCCACCAGAUGGUGGGUAUGGCUGGGUCGUGGUCACCUCCGCCUUCUUCACCAUGGGUCUUGCUAAAGCCGUCCCGAGGAACUUUGGCCUGUUCUUCCUGGAUAUUCGAAACUACUACGGUGUCCUCACCAGCACUGUGUCAUUGAUCAUCUCCACCAGCAUUGCUGUGUUUCAUCUGGGAGCUCCACUGGCUGGAGCUCUCAGUGUCUACCUCACCCAGCGUGGUGUCUUCAUGAUUGGUGCAGUGCUGGCUGCCUCAGGGAUGACCAUUGCCUCAUUGAGUCUGAGCCUGCCAUGGAUGUACCUGUCCAUAGGAGUUCUGCAAGGACUUGGAGUCUGUUUCUGCUGGAUACCAGCUACCAGCAUGGUCAGCAGGUACUUCAAACGCUGGCGUCCAAUAGCCUUUUCCAUCUCCAGCUCAGGAGAGUGUGUCUUCUCCAUGGCAUUUGGCCCUUUUUUCCAGUGGCUCAUUGAGGCCUACUCAUGGCAAGGAGCUCUGCUCAUCAUCGGAGGUCUUCAGCUCAACCUCUGUGUGUGUGGAGCACUUAUGAGACCCCUUAAACCAAAACCAUCUUCUCCAACCCUUACUCAAGGAAAGCUUACAGUGGGCUCCAAAGAACUGAGUGGAACAUCCAAGAAGGCUCCAUUUCAGUGGUCUCUAAUUCGUAGACCUGAGCUACUACUAUACAUAACCUAUGCCAUUUUGACCACAGCCGGCUUCUUCAUCCCCCUGCUCUUCCUUGUCCCGCAUGCUCGUCACCUGGGUGUGGAGCAGUACUUGGCCGCCUCGCUUAUGUCUGUGAUGUCCCUGGCUGACCUCCUGGGCAGGCUGGUGUGUGGAUGUUUGGCCAGUCUGAGAGUGCUGAGGAACCUCCAGCUGCUGGCCAUAGCAGCCAGUCUGCUGGGAGUGGUGCUUCUGCUCCUGCCCCUUGGGCAGGGCUACUGGCCCAUCAUGAUCUUUUCUGCACUCUAUGGCUUCCUGUAUGGCUGCAUGUUGGCUGUCCAGUUCAUCAGCAUCAUAGACAUUGUGGGGCUGGGGAGCUUUGACAGUGCUCUGGGACUUUUUAUGCUGGUGAGAAGCUCUGGGGCGUUUGUCGCGCAGCCCGCUGGAGGUUGGUUGGUGGACUGGUUUGAUGGCUUCAGUGCUGCAUUCUACCUGGCUGGUAUGUGCAUCCUUCUGUCAGCUGCUUUUGUGGUUGUAGUUGACAGGAUGGUGGAGAAGAAGAGGAGGAAUGCUGCUUCUGGAGCAGCAGUCCCAGAUCCUGUUGCUGAGGGUGAAGCUUGCCCAAUGAACAGAGGGGACUGUUUAGAGGCUUAAAAACAUUGGGCCUCAUUCACUAAUACCUUCCUAGGUUUUUUCUUAAAUGUGUUUUUGAGAAAGGUCCUAAGAAC